UUUCUUUUGUUUUGGGUUGGGGUAAUGAGUUUCCAAGCUUUUGUCACAGCUGAUUCUUUUGUUCCUUUAAAUUCGGAUUCUUCAGCUACUUUUCCGCUCAGGAUGCAUCACAGUACUGCUGAAUACCUUCCCGUCACCAACCACACCACCAACGUGGUUUCCACAGCUGGGCUGCAUUACCCUAACCCAUCGUGUCACUAUGGAAACCAACAAUCUACCUAUGGGUUGAUGACAGGAAUUAAACCAACUGCUUCAGAAAUGCUUUCUGCCAGUAUCUCCCAGACCAGAAUUUUGCAGACAUGCAGCAUGCCUCUGUCCAACGUGGUGAAUGGAGUGGGUACUUUGCAAGGCAAGUGAAACUUCUACCUAAGCAUUUACCUACCCCCUUGCCUGAUGAGUGCUAGCUCUUGCACCAUCGGUCACGGCUUUACGCCGGUUCACCAGUCCCUGUUGGGAGAAGACAUCACAGCUACUGACUUCAAGCAGGAAUUCCGCAGGAAGAAUAAGCCCAUCGAUGAACCAAUUGACUUGGAUUCCCCAGAAAUCCGAGAGCUCGAAAAGUUUGCCAAUGAAUUUAAAGUCAGAAGAAUCAAGCUGGGAUACACACAAACAAACGUUGGAGAAGCCCUCGCUGCAGUACAUGGGUCAGAAUUUAGCCAAACAACUAUAUGUCGAUUUGAAAACUUACAACUAAGUUUCAAGAAUGCCUGCAAACUGAAAUCGAUACUAUCCAAAUGGCUGGAUGAAGCUGAACAAGUUGGAGCAUUAUACAAUGAAAAGAUAGGUGGGAACGAACGAAAAAGAAAAAGAAGAACAACCAUAAGCAUAGCUGCCAAAGAAGCCCUGGAAUCACACUUUGGAGAACAAAGCAAACCUUCCUCUCAAGAGAUUAUGAGAAUGGCCGAGGGCUUAAACCUUGAAAAGGAGGUUGUGCGGGUUUGGUUCUGCAAUCGCAGGCAGAGGGAAAAGAGAGUAAAAACAAGUCUGCAUCAGAGCUCAUUCAGCACUUUCUCCAAGGAGCACCAUGACUGUCGAUGAGACUAACAUUUGGAAAAAGUAUAAAUAUACUGCACAAACAACUGUCACUUGACGGAGUGUUGCAAAUGUAUUGCUUUAUGAAGAUAACGGUAGCGUUUUUUAAACUGAGUGCCUCUUAUAUUUAUAGGUGUUUUGUUACUUCUGUUUUUAAGAUAAUAUAUACCAUUAAUCCCAUCCCAACCGUGCCACACAGCUCCGCUCUACCUCUGUAUUUCAGCAGAACUGGUAGAUCUAUAAAUGCUAAAGUACUGGUAAGCCAAAGAAAAUGGCUGUUUAAGGAGAACUCCACCCAAAUAAUGACAUACCAUAUAUAACAUAAGAAUCCAAGAAAAAUUUUCUACCAUUGUGUAAGUUUUUUCAAAUGUUUUUGGGUUAGAUCUCCUUAAAAUAACAUCUGAAAUACACAAAGAACAUUUGUUAUUAUGGAGCUUAGGAGCUCAGAAGACAAUGAAAGCUUACAUGGCAAGAUUUCCACCCAAAUAAUGACAUAACAUAUAUAACAUAAGAAUCCAAGAAAAGUUUUCUACCAUUGUGUAAGUUUUUUCAAAUGUUUUUGGGUUAGAUCUCCUUAAAAUUACAUCUGAAAUCCAUAAAGAACAUUUGUUAUCAUGGAGGUUAGGAGGUCAGAAGACAAUGAAAGCUUACAUGGCAAGAUUUACAAGAAAGCAGAUCAUACUUGCCAGAUAAUUUAGCAAAUAAGCAAAGAUAAAGAACCAUAAGGGAUAGGCUGAGAAAGACCUACAAGGAUCAUAAAAAGCCCUUCUGAAAUUCAAGACAUGCACCAAGAGCCUUUUUUUUUAAAGCAGAAAGCAUUCACAUGCCUCAUGCUAUACACAAACCCAAAAUCAGAGGCUCUAACCUACAGUUAAGGAAUUAAGGGAUUCCUGUAGCCAACUAUGCCUCCAGAACCCCUGUUUUAAUAGCACAGAUACAGUCUAAUAAUUUAGAGCCAUAAAUCCAAACUUGCAAAUAGACUUGUGUUGACCUUCUUAUAUCAGUACAAGACAUUGGCACAUGGCUACUUGGGGGGUAGAAUUUUGAAAGCAGCAAAGCAAAAUAACCAUAAUGCUUAGGGUGAGAAUGGUGCAAAGAGCCCAAUAUCUUGCACUGAUCAGAUCACUGAUAAUUAAUCACCGUGGAGCAAAGUCUGGGAUAACCUGUAACUAUACACCUG